UAAUGUUUUUCACAAGGUAUUCAAAAGUUGGAAUCAUUUACAUGGGUGUAAUGUUUGCGAAUCGGUAAUUUAGAUGCUUGGUUUGAUGCUCUAAACAUCCAGCUAAAAAGCUUAAAUGUGCUCUACGAAUGCAGUAAAAAUUUGGAAUGACAAUCCACAGAUUCAACUUCGAACAACAAAUCAAAAGGUAUACGUAAAAAGAUCUGAGGAUGAAAGAGCGAUAAAGAGGACCGCUUUGUUACCAAGGCUUUCUUUCAUACGUUUGAUCGGCCAAUAAAAGAGUGCUAGGAGGCUGGUGCGAGUAGUCGAACUAAGAUGCGCUGGUAAGUGGCAAUAAGGGAUCUCCAGAGGUUAAGGAACGGCCACCGCCUCCGAAGUGCGCCAAUGCUCAAACGGCGCAUCUAACCUCACUCACGGCCCUACUCCUAGCGGCUGCAGCGGCGGCAGUGGCGGCAGUGCUCCCUCAUCCCCUCGAAUUUAGCUCCGCAGUUCACACGCAACACCGAGACUAGGUGGUCGUAGUACCGUUGUUUUUCCUGACGAUGACGACAAGAAGUAUUCCACGGUCAGGAAAAGGCCGCCCAAUGGGCUACUCUAAAUCUUCUCCACCCGCAAGGACAGUCUAUGCACCUUGAGCCCCAUAAAGAACCGAGAAGAGACUUCCAUCUCGAUAAUUAUUUGAGUGCAACAGAGGAGUUAGGAGCACCAAGGAGCCUCAAAGGAGCCGGGGAAGUGACCAACGAGGACGGCGAUGGGUACGCAGAAGCCGGGCGAGUGGGCCAAUUCGUUGAUCUCACGUUUCGAGGAUCAGUUGCCUUGCCGAGCCGGUCCUCAGACUACGCAUUCCCGUUUAAAUGAGGAAAAGAACAAGAAAUGCCUGAUUCAGAUAUCGCGGCAUCGCUUUUUUCUCGUAAUAUCCGGCCUCACCAAUAUUCUUAAGCGCGUGAACGAGAGCGUGCAGAGUGGUGCUGGGGGCCAACGUUCGUUCCACUCUACGGAUCAAGACAGGCAUUGUUAUGAGUCCAUCAUAAUAGUCCUCGAUACUCUCGAGCGUUGUCUUGCUAAUCAGCCCAAAGAUACAACGAAAUUCGAAGAGGCCAUGAACGUUAAGCUUUUGCUGCGUGAAAUUUGCCAGUUCAUCGAUAUACCAAACGAUAGUUCACAAAAUACUCAUCUAAAAAAUUUGGCCAGCAAAGUCCUGUUUGCUCUGAGCUUAAAUUUCUUCAGUGCCGUAUUCAACCGCAUUUCUGCUCGUCUUCAAGAACUCUCAGUUUGUGUAGAAGAAAAUCCAGAUUACAGUGAUAUCGAACUCAUUCAACAUAUUAAUGUUGAUGUCGAUAGACUCACCAAACUCUUAAAUGAGGCAAAUCAAAAAUUUCGACAACUUAAGAAAUCAGCGCAUUUCGUUUUGAUGCAUUCAUUGGAAAAAGCCAUAUGGAACUGGAUGGAUACAUACCCGCAAGAGUUCUGGAGCCUUCAGAGGAAAUCGAACGAGGAGCUUGUAAAGGCUUGUGGUGAGCUCUUCGACAUUCUCGAUGCAUUUGCUGAUAAUAAAAAGGGUCGGGCUGCUGCUGUCUGGCCACUUCAGAUAAUGCUGCUCAUACUUUCACCGAAGGUUCUCGAAGAGGUCGUUAAUACGGACACGGGCACACCGUACUCACCCGAACACAAGAAGAAGAAAUGUUUCAUUGAUAGCGUGAAGAAGAGUCUUGUGAUGCACGGUGGUUCGAAUCGACAACUCGUCGAGGCAGCGGCUCUCACUUGCAUUAAGCUCUGUAAAGCUUCUACUUACGUGAGCAAUCUCGAUUCGACCAAUAUCAUAUUCACCUUAGUACAGUGUGUUAUGAAUGAUCUAAUCCCUCUACUCUUCAAUCCGAACAAGCCUUUCUCGAGAGGCCAGAGCUACAUAAGUCAUGACGUUGAUCUUAUGAUCGAUUGUUUCGUUAGCUGUUUUCGUAUCACGCCUUAUAACAAUGAAGUUUUCAAAGUCUGUCUAAAUCUCAAUUCACCUUCUACAUACCAGUUCGUGCUUAUCAGCUCUUUGUACAAAAUCGUUACUCAGGUCAAAUUACCAUGGUGGCCGCAAAUCGAUCUCGUUUAUUCGCGAAGUGCCGAAUUGCGAAAUAUGUUUACGGACACCUUAAAUAAAGUUACUCAAACGUACAUAUCGCAUACACCAUUACGCAUGAUUCAGAGCUUAACAUUAAAAAGCAAGGAACAAAAUAAAUAUAAGGAUCGAGGCGAGGAGGUUUCAAGUUAUAAAAAUCUUUUGCUCUGGAUGGUUCGACUCAUACACGCAGAUCCAAUGCUUAUGUUAAAUAAUAAAGAUAAGACAAGUCAUGAAAAUCAAAGUUCGACAUUGGAACUGAUCAACGGAUUAGUUUCUCUUGUACAUCAAACAACAAUGCCAGAUAUUGCACAUGAAGCAAUGGAAGCUCUUCUUGUACUCCAUCAUCCUGACAAAAUCAAGGCUUGGAAUCCUGAGGCGCCAAUCAACACCUUCUGGGAUGUGAGCUCGCAGGUCCUUUAUUCUAUCUCGCAGAAGCUCAUUCAACACCAAAUUGUAAAUUAUACAGACAUACUCAAGUGGUUAAGGGAAAUACUCAUUUGCCGCAAUAUUUUUCUUUCGCAAAACAAAGACUAUGCUAAUGUUGGUAGUCAAGUGGCUAUUUGCAAACAAGCGCACGUUAAACUUGAGGUUGUUUUCUUUAUGUAUUUGUGGAGUAUCGAUAUGGAGGCAGUACUUAUUGCAAUGUCUUGUUUUUCACUUCUUUGUGAGGAGGCUGAAAUACGAUGCGGUAGUGAUGAGGUAGCUGUCACCUGUUUAUUACCGAACUAUCAUUUGUACCUCGAAUUAGCACAAGCUUCAACCGUUCUAACAACUGGUCGUGCAGCAUUGCAGAAAAGAAUAAUGGCUCUUUUGAGAAAGAUCGAACAUUGUGCUAAUGGUAUACAACCUGCAUGGGAUGAGACUUUCCGCAAUUGGGAGCAAACUUGUCGUCAGUUAACGAAUUAUCCGAAAAUGAAAGCCGAGGAUGGGCAGGUCGAAUCGUUUCAUCGCAGUGCAGGAAAGCGCCGUGCCUCGCACCAGAAUUCCGAGCACGAGCUUGAGGAUCAAAUAAACGAAUGGGCAAAUAUGACGGGAUUUCUUUGCGCUCUCGGUGGUGUCUGUUUACAGCUUCGAUCGCCCAGGAGACCGCUAUCGGGUCUGAGCUCAGGUAUCGAGUUUAAAAAAUCGGGAAAACUACAGCAGCAGCAGCAGCAACAGCAGCAGCAACAGCAGCAGCAACUUCAGCAACAGGAUAAUGUAUUACUUUUAUCGAAUUCCAAUCAGGAGGUGCAGUAUUGUUCCGUUACGCAAUUCGUCUUUAAUUUAUUGCGACUUCUUAUCUGCAAUAAUGAAAAGUUUUGCCCACAGAUACAAAAACACGUAAAAGAACUAGUUGGCCACGAGAUGAGUCCAGCUCUGUAUCCUAUUCUAUUUGACCAAAUAAAGAGUAUUGUUGAGAAGUUCUUCGACCAGCAGGGUCAAGUUAUAUUGAUAGAUGUAAAUACGCAGUUCAUUGAACACACUAUUUUCAUCAUGAAGAAUGUCUUGGAUUCGAAAAUGGACCAACCCUCGGAGUAUCUAGGGAUGACUAGCAUUGAGGGAAUGACGCUGGCUAUCGUGCGCUAUGUACGUCAUCUCGAUAUGACAGUUCACACGAUACAUAUCAAGACGAAAUUGUGUCAGUUGGUGGAGGCGAUGAUGAAGCGCCGCGACGACCUGGCAUUCAGACAGGAGAUGAAAUUUAGAAAUAAACUCGUUGAGUAUCUCACGGAUUGGGUCAUGGGAACAACGCAUCCCAUAGCACCUUCGGCUAGUAACGAUGUUACCAUUAUAACUAGUAUAUACUUCAGAGAAUUGGAUCAAGCUUGCAUGGAGGCGGUUGGUGCACUGUUACGUGGUCUACCGCUGCAGCCCGAAGAGUCCGAUCGAGGUGAUUUGAUGGAAGCCAAGUCUCAACUUUUCCUCAAAUACUUUACCUUAUUUAUGAAUCUCCUAAAUGUCUGUAAUGAUGCCGCUGCCGAGGAGAAGGAGGUCAUUUCAAAGCAACGAUUAACUACCGUAUUGGGAUAUGAUCGGGACUUUCAAACGAGAGCGGCAUUCAUGGAGGUCUUGACGAAGAUCUUGCAGCAAGGUACCGAAUUUGACACCCUGGCUGAGACAGUGCUGGCAGAUCGCUUUGAGCAGCUGGUUCAGCUCGUUACUAUGAUAAGCGACAAAGGCGAGUUGCCAAUCGCAAUGGCUUUGGCCAACGUCGUCACAACCAAUCAAAUGGAUGAGCUUGCACGCGUCUUCGUUACUCUCUUCGACGCUAAACAUCUGCUCUCGCCUCUCCUCUGGAAUAUGUUUUAUCGCGAGGUUGAGGUUUCAGAUUGUAUGCAGACGCUUUUUCGUGGCAACAGCCUCGGCAGUAAAAUUAUGGCAUUUUGUUUCAAAAUUUAUGGUGCGAGUUAUUUACAGAGUUUGCUCGAGCCCUUGAUAAUGCCUUUGCUUAGUGAUCCAUUGACUUGCUUUGAAGUGGAUAGCGCAAGAAUAGAUGUCAACGAAGACAUUGAGCAGAACGGCCGCAAUCUCGUUGCUCUCACUCAGAAGGUUUUUGAUGCUAUUGUGUUAUCUGCUGAAAGGUUUCCACCACAGCUACGCUCAAUGUGCCACUGUUUGUAUCAGGUGCUUAGUAAACGCUUUCCCCAGUGCCCACAGAACAACAUUGGCGCCGUUGGAACCGUUAUCUUCUUGCGCUUCAUUAAUCCGGCUAUAGUCUCACCCCAGGAAAUGGGAAUCGUGAACAAAAGUGUGCCACAGUCAGUGAAACGCGGCCUCAUGCUUAUGUCGAAAAUUCUUCAAAAUAUUGCCAAUCACGUGGAAUUCAGCAAAGAACAACACAUGCUGCCUUUCAACGACUUUCUGCGUGUUCAUUUUGAAAUCGCUCGACGUUUUUUUAUACAGAUCGCCUCGGAUUGUGAAACCGUUGAUCAAGCCAACCAUCCUAUGUCAUUCGUCUCUGAUGCUAAUGUUCUUGCGCUUCAUCGACUGUUAUGGAACCACCAAGAACGUAUAGGUGAUUAUUUGAGUAGUAGUCGAGACCACAAAGCCAUGGGAAGAAGACCCUUCGAUAAAAUGGCCACACUUCUAGCAUAUCUUGGACCACCUGAACAUAAACCUGUUGAUUCACAUUUAUUAUUUUCAUCAUCGUAUGCUAGAUGGUCUAGUAUUGAUAUGUCCUCUACAAAUUUCGAAGAAAUAAUGGUGAAACAUAAUAUGCACGAGAAGGAAGAAUUUAAAAGUAUAAAAAAUCUUAACAUUUUUUAUCAAGCGGGAACUAGUAAACAAGGACACCCAGUUUUCUAUUACAUUGCCCGAAGAUACAAGAUUGGUGAAACGAACGGUGAUCUCCUUAUAUAUCAUGUACUUUUAACGUUAAAACCGUUUUGUCAUUCGGCCUUUGAACUCGUUAUAGACUUUACGCAUACGUGCUCAGAUAAUCGCUUUCGAACGGAAUUUCUACAGAAGUGGUUUUAUGUAUUACCGGAGGUCGCUUAUGAGAAUAUUCACGCGGCAUACAUCUACAAUUGCAAUAGUUGGGUGCGUGAAUAUACCAAAUAUCACGACCGAAUUUUAGCACCGCUCAAGGGUAAUCGUAAAGUGGUGUUUGUAGACGGACCUAGUAAACUUAAUGAUCUUAUCGAUCUCGAUCAGCAGAAACUACCGGGUGCUACACUUUCACUUGACGAGGAUCUCAAGGUUUUUCCGAGUGCGCUCAAACUGUCACACAAGGAUACGAAAGUCUCGAUAAAAGUUGGCCCCACAGCGAUACAGAUUACUUCAUCAGAAAAGUGUAAAGUUCUUUCACAUUCGGUUUUUCUCAAUGACGUUUACUAUGCUUCCGAAAUCGAAGAAGUGUGUCUUGUUGACGAUAAUCAGUUUACACUUACGAUUUCAAACGAAGCCGGUCCUUUAUCUUUCAUACAUAAUGACUGUGACAGUAUUGUCCAAGCAAUUAUUCAUAUUCGUAAUAGAUGGGAACUUUCUCAACCGGAUUCAAUGUCAGUUCAUCCAAAGAUUCGACCCAAAGACGUUCCAGGUACACUUUUAAAUAUGGCUCUCUUGAAUUUAGGUAGUUCUGAUCCCAAUCUGCGCACAGCUGCUUACAAUCAAUUAUGCGCUUUGACUGCGACUUUCGAUCUCAAAAUUGAAGGACAACUUCUCGAGACCUCGGGUCUCUGCAUUCCUUCGAACAAUACUAUCUUUAUUAAACAUCUAAGUGAAACUUUAGCUGCAAAUGAUCCACAUCUCACUCUGGAAUUUCUGGAGGAAUGCAUACAAGGUUUCCGUUCUUCGACGAUCGAACUGAAACAUCUUUGUCUGGAGUAUAUGACGCCUUGGUUGAACAAUCUCGUGCGAUUCUAUAAGCCAAAUGAUGAAGGCGGCAAACGCCAGAAACAAGUGAAUCAUAUUCUAGAAAAACUCAUCACUUUAACAAUCGAAGAAGUUGAGAUGUAUCCAAGUAUUCAAGCAAAAAUCUGGAGUACUAUUGGUAGACUACCAGAUCUCAUCGAUACAGUUCUGGAUAAUUUUAUUCACCGAAGCGUACAAUACGGUCUUGGCUCUCCAAUGGUUGAAAUAAUGGCGGACACCGCAGUUGCCUUGGCAUCCGGUAACGUGCAACUUGUUGCGAAGAAAGUGAUCGGCCGUUUGUGUCGCGUCGUUGACAAGACUUGCACUUCACCCACGCUGCUUCUUGAGCAACACAUGAUGUGGGAUGAUAUAGCAAUAUUGGCACGCUACUUACUGAUGCUUUCAUUUAACAACUGCCUCGAUGUGGGCAAGCACUUGCCAUAUCUUUUUCAUACGGUGACAUUUCUUGUGUGCUCUGGUAGCUUGAGUAUGAGAGCCUCUACGCAUGGACUUGUUAUCAAUAUCAUUCACUCGUUGUGCACGUGCAGCUCGCCGUCAUUUUCCGAGGACACGUACAGAAUACUUAGGAUGAGUCUUGAUGAAUUCUCAUUGCCGAAAUUUUAUUUACUUUUUGGGAUCAGCAAAGUCAAAUCCGCGGCUGUAACUGCCUUUAGAUCCAGUUAUCGUUAUUCAAUGUGGUUUGGUAAUGAGCGAAGCAUUUGCAAUGCUCAAGACCGAGAGAGACUUUCAUUAACUAGUUUGGAGGUUAUUACCGAUGCUCUGUUGGAAAUUAUGGAGGCUUGUAUGCGAGACAUUCCGAAAUGCGAUUGGCUGCGGACGUGGACAUCCUUAGCGAAGAGCUUUGCCUUCUGUUUUAAUCCAGCGCUGCAACCUCGCGCGCUUAUUGUGUUUGGCUGUAUCAGUAAAAGCAUCACCGAUCAGGACAUCAAACAGUUGCUACGUAUACUCGUUAAAGCUCUCGAGAGUUUCAAUGACAUUACUCUUUUAGAAGCUAUCGUUAUGUGUCUGACACGAUUACAACCUCUGCUGCGACCGGAGUCAUCAAUCCAUCGCUUUCUUUUUUGGGUCGCGACGUCUGUACUCCAAUUGGAUGAGUCCUCGCUCUAUGCAUCAGGACUGGCGUUGCUCGAGCAAAAUCUCCAUACCCUAGACUCUCAAGGCACUUUCGACGAUAAAACACUUGAGCGUGUGAUGAUGACAGUGCGUGAGCCCCUCGAAUGGCAUUUCAAACAGCUCGAUCAUGCAGUCGGCCUUUCUUUUAAAUCCAAUUUCCACUUUGCCCUGGUUGGACAUCUUCUCAAGGGCUAUCGACAUCCAACACCAACAACGGUCACACGAACUACACGUGUACUCACAAUGCUUUUAACUAUAGUUGCCAAGCCAUUAAGAAGGGACAAGUUUGAGGUCACGCCCGAGAGUGUCGCCUAUCUCGCUGCUUUAGUAUCUGUUUCUGAAGAAGUUCGAAGUAGAUGCCAUAUUAGACAUUCAUUAAAUCGAAGUAUUGGUGAGUCGGGAAGUACAGACUUUUUGGAUACUAUUGAUUUACAGUGUACGAAUAUUUCUGGUAGUACAAUUAAUCCAGCAAAUCGAAGACAAAAAUCUUGGGAUAUACUUGAUCAAACAGCCAUAAAUCAAGCGAAACAGCAAAAAUAUCAUCCUGUACAUCAUCAGACUGGCAGAAUUAUGUUUAAAACUCAGCGCUCUUUCUCUAUGCCAUCGACCAAGGAAGUUAAGGCUGCCGAGGAAACAGAAGCAAAGAAUCGCAGUACACGUGUCAGUGUGAGUAAUGAAAAUAAUGUACUUCUCGAUCCUGAUGUAUUGACAGAUUUCUCAACACAAACCCUUGUAUUAACUGUAUUAGCAACACUCGUUAAAUAUUCUACCGAUGAAAGCGAAACAAGAAUUCUUUAUGAGUAUCUUGCAGAGGGAUCUGUUGUCUUUCCUAAAGUUUUUCCAGUCAUUCAUAAUUUGUUAGAUGCUAAAAUCAAUAGCGUUUUAUCAUCUUGCCAUGAUCAGGCAAUACUCAGUUCGGUACAAGCUGUUAUUCAAAAUAUGAUUGCCUGUGAAGAUACAAGUCAGCAGCAACUUCAUUACUUACAAAGUUGCGGAUUCGGUGGACUUUGGAGAUUUGCUGGUCCAUAUACGAAGUGUAAUCACACCGCAGAAAGUGCAGAGCUCUUCGUAAAUUGUUUAGAAGCUAUGGUAGAAACUUGCUUGCCAGUUGAAGAAAAUGAAAGUAUAAGUUAUAGUGAAGCAUCUAUUAAUACGACUAAACAUUCUAAUGAAAGUACACUAAAUCGAUCAAGCACAAACCUGUUGCAAGUAAUUAAACCAGCCACUGAGCAUGCUGAAGAAAACAAUUCUUCUGUUAUUGAUUAUAAAGAGUGA